UUGCGGCUCGGUGAAUGCCUCCGACGACGUUUCUGGCUCACCUGGGGUUGUCGCGGAAGCUGCGAGCACACGGCAAGGACCCGCUCAGCCGCUCAGCUAUGGCCAACUACCGCAGCACCUUCAUCGGCACGGAGCCGGAGGAGCCGGGCCCGCUGCCCCGCUCCAGGAGCGCGCCCUGCCUGGGCUACGCAAUGCCGGAAGCAUCCGAUGCGAAGCUCCAGGAGGAGACGCUGGCCGAAUACGUGCAGCAACUGUCUGAUCGGUCGCAGGCGUUGCAGCCACUGGCGAAUCCUCCCGAGCUCAUCGAGCCCGAGGUCCCACAGGACACCCUGCCGGCCACCGGCCACGAGAUGCCCGCGUCCAAGGCGGCGAGCGUCGGCAGCAAGGGGCAUCCUCACUUCUGCUGCGGCCCUUGCAGGCACUUUUUCCGAGGCAGUGGUUGGGCUGGAGGUAUCCUUCAAGGUCGGCGCCUCUUUCGGCAGGCGAGUGCAGCUGGGGUGGCGCCUGCAGCCGCUGCCACGUGUGCCAAGAGGAGGCCAAGCUGGACAAACGCCAGCGCCAGCUGGUGGCAAGCAUGGAUCGGGGCAUUUGCCUGAAGAUGUUGGCUACAGUGAUGGAAGCCUACGCCACCAAGUACCGCCGGACAGACGUCCUGGGCUUCGUUCACUUCUUGAAGGAGGAGGCGCGAGAAAGUGGCGAGGUCCCGAGUUCUGCGGAGUUCCGGUACCUGGACAAGGUCCUGCAACGCUACCGCUUCAAGCAGCUGAAAGCACUGGCGCUGUCCCGGUUGGGCCGUGCCUUUCCCCCGGACCUCUGAGCUUGCGUCCCGAGACGCGCCCAAUGGACGAGUUUGUGAGAGCUACCGUGGAUGGAAUCCGUGCGCACCACUUUGAAGUCAUGAGAAC